CUUACGUAACGUUACACCAAGUUGUCUGAAAUCUCGCUUUUCAAAUAGAGAAGUUAAAUCUUUUUUAUCCUUUAUAUACAUGAUCCGCGAAGUCUUCCUGAUCCACCCUACUCAAUUCACCGACGAUAAUCCUAGUCCACAGCUACAAUGACGGCCCCACGGUCUGCGAUGCUUGUCAUGGCGCUUGUUGCUGCGGUGGUGGCACUACUUUGGGCUGGAGCAGUGGCCCAGACGAGCUGCAGCAGCGCGUUGAUAAGCCUGUCACCGUGCUUGAGCUUCAUCACGGGCAACUCCUCGGCGCCGCCAUCUUCAGCCUGCUGCACUCAGCUUGCGAGCGUCGUCAACUCGGAGCCGCUGUGCCUCUGUGAGGUCCUGAACGGGAGCGCCUCGGCUGCGCUGGGCGUGAACAUCAAUCAGACACAGGCGCAGAAGCUGCCUCCCGCUUGCAACGUCCAGACGCCGCCCACCAGCAGUUGCAAUGCUUUAUCUCCGGCAAGGUCUCCGGUGGGAUCGCCAAGUUCCACUCCCGGUCGGAUCUCAUCAGAUGGACGCAGCACCGACGUGAAAUGGUCCCUGGUCCUCUUGACGCUCUUCAUCGCAUCGCACGAAGCCGUGAUGCUCGUGCAGAACAACUUGGACCCAAUAUAAGCUCGUUCUUUGCAUCUGUUUCUUUUCUCCAUCGAUGCCCUGUACACAUGCACAUAAUUUGAAUAGUAUCGUAAAAUAGAGAGGGGAUCUACUCCUCCGUACACUCUGUUAUUUCCCUCGUUUGAUGAAUAAAAGAUGUUC